UAAAUUUAAUUCUAAAGUGCAAUUUAAUAAUGCAAAUACGCGAUUCAUAAUAUAUUUUAUAAAUAUAUUCAGACAUUUGUGAGAAAAGCGCGCUAAACUUCAUGCGUUGAAUGGGACAGUGAAGCACUAAUCUUUGACGCCAUGUUUAAUUUCUAGCCAUCAGCACUCCUAUUAAAUUAUUGAAGGGGUGAGACGAGUAGGCCGGGUGGCAAGUUGUAGUGGAAUGAUUUAAGAAAAUCUCAAGCGCAAUUUUGAAGUGUUGAAAGAAGUGAGAAAUUUAUAUAAAUGCAAUUCACAUAAAUUAAUUAGUAUUAGACGGUUGUAUAUAAGUACACAAAAAUGGAAAUAUGAGCUUUCUCCAAAUAAUGGAAUUGUUUGAAACUCUAAAAAUAAAAACCAAUAUAAUUUAUGCAACAAAAGCUACGUGAGAGUAUGGCUCUCUAAACGAUUACAGUAUAAAGAGGAUCAACAAAAACAUUUACAAAAAGAGUAACGGCAACAAAACCAACAAUAACUAGAAAUGUAUAUAGAUACUUGUACCCUAGUGGGAAAACCAGCGGACAGGUGAAUUUGUUUAGCGCCGCAUUUAUAGCAUCAUGUGGGAUAAAGAGGCCUCACAAAUCAAAAAACCUGAGGACACCUCCGUCGAAGGAAAUACCGAAAAUGCCGCCUCACAAUACUUCAAAACAAAUAAUUUAUCAGAAAAUGUUUCAGCGAGAGCAGAAACAGUGGUGGUUGCAACAUAUGUUGUCCGAGAUGACGAUGAUUGCGCCGAUAAUAGAAAAAACGUAAAUGAUCGCCCAAUGCCUUUGGCGGCAGAACAAAGCGAUAACGACAAUUUUCUGUCUAUUGUACAAUUAUGCGAUGGACCAUCAGCAAGCUCCUUUUCACAGAAAAAAGAAUUAUCAAACGCGGUAUCACAUUCGCCAAAAUUCUCAGAUUCCAAAUCUGUAUUGCCAACAUCAGCAGCAACUAUGUCAGCUGCAGCUAAGGAAAUAACUAACGCGGAGGACUCAAUUGUAUCUAUUGAUAAUGAUGAAUUGCCAUAUAAAAAUAUAAAUGCAAAUAUUAAAACUCUAUCCUCUAUGCAAUCUAAUAAACCAGUAAUUCCAUUAAAAUAUGACAGCUCAAUAGCAAGAAAAUCUGCUCAGAAUGAACAGGUUCAAAGCGAUAAUGUGGCUGGACCACAAAUACCGAGUUUGUAUGACAAACAACUUACCCUACAAGCAGAAGAUUUGCACGCGGCAACAAGAGAAUAUUCACCAGCAGUUUCCGUUGAAGAUCUCACAUUAGUGUCGGAAAUGCGUGCGGGUUCGCCCACCCCAUCAAGCAUUACAAGUGCUUCAACCCUCCGAGCCGCAAGAGGUACGAGUGGACGUCGAACGGACUGCUUGCGACAUAUGAGACGACCACCCAAAGAACCUGAAGAAUACCUAGAUGCAUUGUUUCCGCAUAUACGUAAAACUCAUAUGCAAAUUCGUCAAGCUUUAUUGCAUGCACCGCUUACAGAUGUCAAAGAUAAUGCAUUGCUAAAGAAAAAAAUGUUGGAGCUAAUUCAGAUCUACACUUGUGGUUGUAGAGAUGAAUUCGAGAGAGUGGGACCAUCGCUUGUACUCUGUCGUAGACUGAAGAGAAAUAUUGUACGACUUCUUGAUUUGUUUCAUGAAAUUUGUUCAUCUAGUCGUGAGGAUCGCGCCUAUUUGUACCAUAUUAGCCAACUAAUCGCAGUGUAUACUUCCCUUGAAAUAAGAUUGUCCUUUAAUUUGACAAGACAACAGAAAUGUGCGCUAAUUCACCGCAUAUCCCACAUCAUAAAUAAACAUUUAAUGGUAAAAAAUGAGCCUUUGGCUAAAGAAAACAUACUGCGAAUGUUCCUUCACAUGCCCGAUACAUAUUCAGCACGUUUUAUAAUGGAACCGCUUUUCAACAACUAUUUGGUAGAAAUCGCCACGAGCAGUAAAACAUGGUGUCAAAAAGAAAUGCCUGAUAAAUUAUUUGUGCAAUACAUUAUAAUAUUGCAUAUAUGGAAAGAGAUGCUACGAGAUCCACUUGAACAAGUAGAACUAAUUAACCGUGCCCAACAUUUUAUGUGCCCAACCAAGACGCUACAUGCAAAUCCAAUGUAUGCUAAUCAUCUACCAACAAUACACACACGGAAGCAUGCAGUUAAAGAUAUCUUAAAUAGUUUAAAAUUUUUUCACGAUUUGAGAAAUGCAGCAAUUUGUGAUGAUACAUUGGAUAACGGAGAAGAUGACAUUGCGGUUGUUAUAGAUGAAGUUAUAAUCACGCCGUUUUGGGAUUUUGGUGCCACCUACACAGGAGCAUCCAAGCAGUCGAAGAGCUUAUACCGCAGAAUACUAGCAGCAGACCAAACUGAAUGUGUGGAUCUAACACAGGAAGAUGAUCAACAGUCAAUUUUUGAUUCGGAAGAUAAACCUUUAGAAUGGCUUACUAAGCUGAAAGAGCGUGCAGCAGAGAGAGUGCAAGUUGAUGAGUCGGAAAAGGUUAUUUGCUUAGACUCUGAUUCCGAUGGCGAAUUAUUCUCUGGCAGUAUACUAGAUCCAUCAGAAUCAUAUCAAGAUUGUGAUGCUUUCGAUACCGAUUACACAAGUCUCGAUGGUGGCACAAGUGAUGAUAAAGAGCUAUCUGAAGAUGAGGCGCUAUCAGCAAAUGGAAUUACGCCUAAUUGUCUUAGAACUUACCUCGCGCCUAGAACUAAAAAUCAGAUAAGGUCAGAACCUUAUGAAAGAACAAGAGAUUGUGAUGGCGAGGGUGACAGCGCAGCAGUCGGUACGAAAAAGUCGGCGAUUGCUGCUGUCUCAACGGCGGAACCCACAGUACCGCUCAUUGUUAACUCUUUUACUGUUAGGGGUAAACAAAAUAUGCAUUUGUUGAAUUCACCCCGGUUUAGCCUAGACAUUGGACCAGAACGUUUCGGGAAUGAAGAUAUAGAAUUUCACGAUGCAUGCGAUGAAAUGAGUUUAAACAUCAAGGCAACUAAAAAUCAUUAUAAACGUGCUAAUAGUGCUGUUGUUAAUGACGGUGCAGUUGGCCGUAGCGUUGGUGGCUAUUAUAGAAAAGAAGUUAAUACCGAUGAUGAAGAAGAAGAUGAUGAAUACCAAUCCUUGCCAUCAACAGCAUCGUCAUCAACAACAACACUAGGCAAAGUUAUAUUUUCACAGGCGCUACAGCGGCCUAGUCAACAAUUCUUCACGGGGUAUGAGCGUGAAAACAAUUAUAAACGUCCAGAUAGCAAAGAGAAAACAGUUACAUUUAACGAACGAAAUAAGGCAGAUAGCAAGAAACAAAUGCAUGGCCAGGACAAACCGGUGAAGAAACAAGUGAAAUUCAACGAUAACCCCAUCGGACCGACCCGUCGUCCCCAUACCAAAUUGCCGAUAAAACCAGCUAUACAUCUUAGUAAAAUCCAACCCAGCAGUCGACAGCCUAUUUUCUCAAGUUCACCCCAACCACGUUUCUCAUCACCAUCAUCCUCAACCUCUUCAACAAGCGAAUCACUUAAGCAAAUGGCACAAAAAGCAAACUACUCUACCUUGUUCUAUGGAGAACGCAAAUCUGUAUUACCUACAACUAUUCAUCAUAUACCUGAGCAUAUCAACGCAAUCGCAACACUAUUUAGCAGUUAUAAAAUCUCGAAACCGCCACCGGCCAGUGGCGCUGCAGCACGCAAUAAUGGCGACAACAACACACAUUUAAACAAGCCCAAAUAUAAAGCUGGACCAAAGUCUAUGCAUAUGUCGCGUAAAACGACUGCAAUGUCGGAAACGAGUAAAUAUUCUAUAAACUCUCCACGGUCUGUCUGCAAUUCGCAAUCACCAACCAAAUCACCACGUAGCAACUCCACAUCACCGGCCAGUUUGCGAGCCAGUAGUCCCGUUAUUAUUGCACCCGAGACAGCGGCGGAUCCGAAGUUGAAUAAGAAAUGCGUUGUUCUAAUGAAAGAAAAUGAGGAGGUCCUCAAUUAUAAGAGACAACAGGUCGCUUUCAUUAAUGAAUUGUUGGAGAAACAAAGAGAAAUGCAACGGCAGCGCGCACUAAAACGACAAGAGUUCCAAAAUAUCUUGAAGCAAAAACGUAUAGAGGGUAAACGCUUGAAGGCGGAAAUCUCACAAAUUAAAAAGCAGCAAGCCGCAGCGCACGAAAAGGUUUUAGACACACAGCUACAUCAACCACAACAAUCGCCUACUAUUUUAAAUCGCAAACGCUUACUGGUUAGAGAAAGAAAUGUAACAUUCAAAACCAACACAAAAGUCCGAAGCCGUUCUACGACGCCCAAUCGCUCAAAUAAUGAAGAGCCGUCUGCUAAGGACAUAGAUACAACAAGUGCUGCUAUAAUGCAAUCGGUAAUAGGCGACACUUUUGAAUUGGCGGCUGAAGCUAUGCCUUUAAGCGAUAAAGCGAAUAGGACCUCUAUCGCGUUGAAAAAUAUAAAGGCUGCGCCAGUGUUGGACAAAAAAUCUACAACUUCAAUUCGUUCGACAACCGGAGUGGCAAAUCCAGAGCCAAAUACAUUAACGAACACGCCAAAAAGCAGUGUGCCGAGUACAUCGCCACGAAGUAAAGCAAUAACAACUAAUAUAGCGGCAAUAUCAACACAAACCAUGGACAGUAUGCCGAAAGCUGAAGAAUUGGCAGGCAUAGAAAUACCGGGAGCAGUAGUACCAACGACCAGUAAGACGAGUUUCAAGGAAAAACCGAAAAUACCGGCCCUACUAGCAUUAGCAACAACACCACCAUAUACACGUUGUGCUAGAUCAAUGACACCCACACGUGGAGUUUAUAAUACGACGAAGCUGCGCGAAAUGCAUACCGAACGAACUACAGAUAAUUUGUUAGUUAACUGUUCAUCACCGUUAUCUACCCCCACAUCAUCUAAAACGCGUUUACAACGCGCGCCAUCAUUAUCACCGUCAAUAUUCAUGAAUCGCAAUCGUGUGGAGGUGCGACGUAGUAUGCAAGAUCCCACUAGUAACACAGACUUCUCUACAAACGGCACCUCUUGGUUGCUGAAUGUAUCGCCGCGAAGUUUCACAAAAUCAUUAAAAGUUCGGCUGAAACGUUUACAGCAUUCAAGUACGAAUUCUUCAACAGAGAAAUCACCAGACAAGGAAACCAACGAUAGAAUUUCAAUGCCAGCUUCUGCCAAGCCAACUCUCUUAAAGGAACGUGUGGCGAACGCAACAUAUACAGUUGCUAACGCGCUCAUUGAAAAUACAGGCGCAGCAACACCAGAAUCUCAAAUUAAAAAAAAUAAGCAUGAGCGAGUGCAAUUAUUAAAACAAAAACUCAAAAAAGAGUUGUACGAAAUGGGUGAAUCAUUUGUACGGCCUGUCAACACAAAAGAUGAAAACGUACUUCUGGAGUCAGCUAAGGAUAUAGCAUAUAGUCAAUCAACGCAAACAGCUGAAGGGCGCAUUAGCAAAGGAGCACGACGAAAGCAUACAAAAAAAGCGCAACAAAGCAACAAAAAGUUAAAGCUUUUAAAAGUCACCAUUGAAAAGCAUACAAAUAAAGUGCAAUCGGAUUUGCGGACUAACUACAGCCCAUGUGAUAAUGCUGUUGAUUGUGACAGUAAAAAUGAGAAGUCAGCGAAGGCAGAUGUUGAAGACGGCUUACAAUGUGAUAGGACUGAAGAAACGAAAGAACCAGUUGGCUUUACCUUAGCAACUGAUAACAAGGAGCUUUGUCAUAAAGGUAGCGAACCACCUAUUGAGUCUAGCGAAUUUGCCGCGGAAAAAACGAGUGUACUACAUAGUGAAAAUACCGCAAAACAACAACAGUUUUCCCCAGAGUCUUCAAGGAAUGAUAAACACGCGAGUAAAGAUGUCAAAAUUAUAAAUGAGCACAAAAAUCCCACCUCAAAUAAUUCCAUGGACGUUGAUUGCGACAAUGUUAACAAUAAAAAACACAAAAGAACUCAUAAACAUGGUGCGAUCGUUACGCAAGUUGUAGACGUUACACCUGGCCGUCAUGUGAAGGAUAAUCUUUUGGGCGAUUUAUUGCUGGUCGCAGCUGCAAACCAAUCAACGGUGUUAAAUGCUAAUAACGUCUUGAACACUACACCUAAUUUAGCUAUUAUUGAGCCGCCUGCUGCGGAGUUACCAUUGCUCGUUAAAGUUGUGGAACCUAGUGUAAAGCGAACUGUCGAUCCCGCUGCGUUCGACAAGUCAAAUAAUUUAAUGCCUGAAGGUAUUUGUGACAAAACGCAUAUUGAGAUAUCCGAGGAAAUGGCGGUUGCCGUUUCGGGUCUGACAAUGUUGGCGAAUAGACCGAUAACAACCGCAAACUUCGAAACCUGUAAAAACGCGCCUGAAUUCCGAAAUGAAAACGUGGACAUAAUCCUGCCAAAGAAAACGUCCAACGAAUCCAUUUCCUCUGAUUUGCAAUGUAUGGCUGAGCCAACGAUUGCGAUUAUUAGCGAUACUCCAAGCCAUGCAAUGACGUCAGUCGACGCGUAUGCAGCCAUUGAUGAACCCAAAAAAAGUGUAGUUGGAACGCCUAAUGACAACAUUGCCGGGCCAAAUGAUACAGGUGGCGUAUCAGGUGGGGAGGAGUCGAGCAGUGAUUGUUUGUUAUUGCAAUUGUCAAAGCGUGUACAUAAAAUGUCCGAUUUGGAAAGUAUUGUCGAUGCCACCACUGUGCAUGUGAUUAAGGACGCCACAAUGACGCUGAUGAGUUUCGAAGCCACGCCAACUUUGCCAGCUUACUUGCUUAAUGGCGAAAGUCGUGAUGUGCCCACACCACCAGCCAUAUCAACACCAGCGCCGACUCCUGCACCCACACCCACUGUCGAUUUAGCACCGGAAGCUGAGCAGCCGAAGUCGACAUCGAUACCAACACCACCAUUGCCGGAAAUAAUGAUUAAAGAGAACGCGCACGCCCCAUCGCCAAAAGAUCCUAUAAUAAGUGAAGAGUUAGCUAAAACAAACGACUCAACAGAAGCAACGGUUUCAGUUAAGGUAUCACAACCAUCGCAGAAAAACAUGAUCUCUUUAGCAGCUGCACCUUUACAAGCUCAACCAGAGCCUAUUGCAAUUGGCGAAGGUUUGCCUAAUAACCGUUUGUCACCACCGCAAGAACAACAACUUGAAGCAGAAGUAAAUUCACCGGCGCCGGCAAGUGCAAUAUCGACAUCCGAUCAUGAAGUAUCUUCAACCCAAGAGAUCGUUUACACGCCAACAAAACGUUCAAAUGCCAAUGCUCUCAAUGCCACCGCCGGUACGUCAAUACCAACACCCAACGAAGAGGAGGCAGCAAUGUGGGUGCAAAAUAGUGAAAUAGACACAACACAUCACCUGACAGAAAGUUCAUAUUACAUGCGCAAGCGUACGCGCAAAUUUUCCGAUGAAUUUACUCUGCCUGAAAAUAAAAAUGAAAAUUCUGCUAAAGACAUAAUAAAACAAAGACGUAAAACGUUUUCCUCUGAAUCAUCUCUACCAGUACAAUUUCCAUCGAAUAUAACAUCAUUUACUAAAAAUAAUAAAGAACUUACGAACAGCAGUGCAACGGCUGGCGACGGUACCGUUAUAAAUAAUGCCGGCCAAAACAGUGGUGGUAGCUCACCAUCUACCACUACUGAGCCAGUGACUAAGCAGGCCCCACCACGUAGACGCAAUCACAUACAAAAACGCAACAAUUCACAAUCACCACUAACAGCGCGUAGUCGCGCUGGUGGCAGUGUUGGUGAAUUGAAUAGCAGUUUUGUGUAUAGUUGUAGUCGUUUACAACCGACUAACGUGGAUAUGGCAGAUGUGGAACGUUGUGUAGUACUGCCAGCGAGCGCUGUUGUACCACCGGUGAAUUUGGGCAACAUCUCGCGUACGUAUUCGAAAAAUAACAUGUCUCAGAUUAAGGUAUUCGUGCCACCUGAUAUGGAAAUGUGUUUGGAAAACGAAGAAAUGGAAAAAGAGGCCUUUAUAGCGACCACCACAAGUAAAAGGGGUCGCCCAAAAGGCAGUGCCAAAAAUCGUAGUCGUAAGGAACCAAAACAAGAAUCAGCUGAAAAAGUGAAUACGAAAAAGGCCGCUACAAACCAAACUAAAACGAAAACAGUGCAAUCUACGAAGAAGCGCGAUAAUGCUGAUAGUCGUCCCAAGCUUAUGGAUUGCUCUUCAAAAUCAACAACCACAAAAGCGCCAACGCGUACGAAGCACGUGGAGCGUGCACCCAAUCGUAAACGAAAAUAGCAUAACAUUUCAAAUACGCGUACACAUCGCACCCCUGAUGACGGUGAUAAUUAUGAUAGUGAUUAUGUUGUGAAAAAUUGUGGAAAAAUUUCGCCGUGCUUAACUUGGCAUUUCUCUGAUUAUGAACGUUUGCGCACACUGCGCCCACGUUUGAAGGAACAAUUGCAGCGCAUGGUUCUAACUGAAGACCUCUCACCGAAUGAGGAUGAAAUUGUUGAAGGCGAGCGGUUAAAUGUGCUUGAUAUUGCUCAUGGUAAUGAGGUUGUUGACCCGAAAUGGAGUGCUCCCGAAAUGCAACCAAUUGUUUUGGUGCAACGCAUUAGCUGGAGAAAGGGUGUAAACAAUGAUUAGUUGUUUAGUAAAGUUACUUUUGUUUUCGUAGCAUUUUAUCUGAAAUGUAAAUGUGUUGUAAAACUUUAUUGCGGGCGUGUGAAUUGAAUAAAUGUUACACACGUUCCAACGUUUUGUUAAUUUAAUUAGUCAUUAAUUAUUUAUAUAAUUUCAAUGCAUACGUAAAAUCAAAAAUACAAAAAAAAUGUAGAAUACAAAAAAUACUGCCAGAGAGAAAAUAAACAUAUGCACCAACAAUAAUAAA